UAAACGUCUGUGCUCCACUUUAGCGCCGGAAUAUGAGGAUAGAAUAAUCGAUUAUAAUCGAUCGACGGUCGAUGACUUGUUCUUCCCGCAGAGGUGAUGGCGGUGGGACUGAGGGGGAGGAUGGAGAGGAGGCGGGCUGCUGGCCAGGAUUGAGUCGGAUUGUAAAUCUUCCAUCGGGAGGAGAAGGAGAAGAAUUCAUCCGUCAAAAGUUCUUCUCGCUGUCUUCGACUCGCUGGGACGCCAUGGAGGACAUCUAGACUGCACUGGACACGCAGCAAAUGAGACAUCAUGUCGGAGCGCAGCGCCCCCUCAGGCCGGCUCAGACUGGAAUGGAUCUACGGCUACCGAGGACACCAGUGUCGCAACAAUGUGUACUACACCGCCGGCAAGGAGGUGGUGUACUUUGUGGCAGGAGUGGGCGUGGUCUACAACACACGAGAACACAGCCAGAGGUUCUACCUGGGACACAAUGAUGACAUCAUCAGCCUGGCCUUGCAUCCAGAGCGCACCCUGGUGGCCACAGGGCAGGUGGGCAAGGAGCCCUACGUGUGUGUGUGGGACACCUUCAGCCUGAACACUGUCUCUCUGCUGCGUGACGGACACACACACGGCAUCGCCUGUCUCACCUUCAGUGCCGACGGACAGAGGUUAGCUUCAGUGGGUCUGGACGCCAAGAACACUCUUUGUGUUUGGGACUGGAGGAGAGGGAAGAUCCUGGCCAGCGCCUCAGGACACUCGGACAGGAUAUUUGACGUGUGCUGGGAUCCUUUUCAAACAAACCGUCUGGUGAGCUGUGGAGUGAAGCACAUUAAGUUCUGGUCUCUGUGCGGGAACGCUCUGAGUUCCAAGCGAGGUAUUUUCGGGAAGACGGGCGACCUGCAGACCAUGUUGUGUGUGAGCUGGGCCAAAGAUGACAUCACCUUCUCUGGAGCGCUCAAUGGAGACGUGUACGUGUGGAAGUGUGCCAGACUCACCAGGACCCUGCAGGCUGCCCACGGGGCGGGCAUCUUCAGCAUGUACGCGUGCGAGGAAGGCUUCGCCACAGGGGGGAGGGACGGCUGCGUGCGGCUGUGGGACGUGGACUUCAAGGCCAUCACCAAGAUGGACCUGCGGGAGGCGGAGCAAGGAUACAAAGCUUUGUCCAUCCGGAGCGUGUGCUGGCGAGCCGACCGAAUCCUGGCGGGAACGCAGGACGGCGAGAUCUUUGAGGUGAUGGUCCAGGAGCGCGACAAGCCGCUGCUCCUCAUGCAGGCUCACGGCGACGGAGAACUCUGGGCCCUGGACGUGCAUCCCAAGAAGCCGCUGGCCGUCACCGGCAGCGACGACCGCUCCGUCAGGCUGUGGAGUCUCCUGGACCGCACCCUGGUCGCACGCUGCAACAUGGAGGAGGCGGUGAGGAGCGUGGCCUUCAGCGUGGACGGCUCCCAGCUGGCCCUGGGCAUGAAGGACGGAUCCUUCACCGUGCUGAGAGUCAGAGACAUGACGGAGGUGGUCCACAUCCAGGACCGGAAGGAGGUCAUCCACGAGAUGAAGUUCUCUCCGGACGGAGCGUACCUGGCUGUGGGCUCCAACGACGGAAUGGUGGACGUCUACGCCGUCUCCCAGCGCUACAAGAAGGUUGGAGAAUGCAGCAGGUCCUCCAGUUUCAUCACACACCUGGACUGGACCUUGGACUGCAAAGUCCUCCAGACCAACGAUGGCGCCGGAGAGCGUCUAUUGUACCGGAUGCCUCUGGGCAAGCCGCUCCUCAGCAAGGAGGAUGUCCAAGGUCAGCGCUGGGCCUCCUGGAGCUGCGUCUUAGGUCCGGAGGUCAACGGCAUCUGGCCCAAAUACUCCGACGUGUGCGAGGCCAACGCCGUGGACGCCAACCAAGCGGCGGGCGUCCUGGCGACGGGCGACGACUCGGGCGUGGUUAAGUUGUUCCGCUUCCCGUGCGCCAGGAAAGGUGCCAAGUUCAAGAAGUACCCGGGUCAUUCUGCCCAUGUGACCAAUGUCCGCUGGUCACAUGACCUGCAGUGGGUGCUGACCACAGGGGGGGCGGACCACGCCCUCUUCCAGUGGAGCUUUCAGCCCGAGUCCGGCGUGAACGGAGGACUGGACGCCAACAUCCUCGACAGUCACAGGGACUCCAACAGCGAGGACUCGGACAGCGACUUGUCUGACGUCCCUGAGAUCGACUCCGACAUCGAACAGGAGACUCAGAUCAACUACGACCGACAGGUCUACAAGGAGGACCUCCCUCAGCUGCGACAGCAAAGCCGGGAGAAGAAACAACAAGUUGGUUCCUUGAAGAGACAGAAAGUUCCAGAAGAAGGCCUCCGCCUGCAGUUUGUGCACGGGUACCGUGGCUACGACUGCAGGAACAACCUCUUCUUCACUCAGGCGGGGGAGGUGCUGUACCACGUGGCGGCGGUGGGCGUGGUCUACAAUCGCCACCUGCACAAGCAACGCUUCUACCUGGGCCACGACGAUGACAUCCUGAGCCUCGCCCUCCACCCGCUCAAAGACUACGCUGCCACGGGACAGGUGGGCAGGAACCCCACCAUCCACGUGUGGGACGUCCAGACUCUGACGUGUCUCUCCUUGCUGAGAGGAUUCCACCAGAGAGGAGUCAACGCUCUGGACUUCUCCGCGGAUGGAAAGACUCUGGUGUCUGUGGCCGUGGAUGACGUACAUUCCAUGGUGGUUUGGGACUGGAAGAGAGGGGAGAAAGUAGCCACUGCCAGCGGCGACAAAGAGAAGAUCUUUGUGCUGAAGUGUAACCCCCUGCUGAUGGACAAGAUGGUGACCGUGGGAAUCAAACACAUCAAGUUUUGGACACACGCAGGCGGCGGCCUGACCUCCAAGCGUGGUGCCUUCAGGAGCGUGGGACGUGCGGACACCAUGAUGUCGGCGUGUUACGGCCGGAGCGACGCGCUGGUCUUCUCCGGCGCCGCCACGGGAGACGUUUACGUCUGGAAGGAGGCGCUGCUGCUGAAGACCGUCAAGGCCCACGACGGACCGGUCUUUGCCAUGUUCUCGCUGGACAAGGGCUUUGUGACAGGAGGGAAGGACGGCGUGGUGGAGCUGUGGGAUGACAUGUUUGAUCGCUGCUUGAAGACCUACGCCAUCAAGCGAGCUGCCCUGUCUGCAGGGUCCAAAGGUCUGCUGCUGGAGGACAACCCGUCCAUCAGGGCCAUCACCUUGGGACACGGACACAUCCUGGUGGGAACCAAAAACGGCGAAAUUCUGGAGAUUGACAAGACUGGACCCAUGACUCUGCUGGUACAGGGUCACAUGGCAGGAGAGGUGUGGGGUCUCGCCCCUCAUCCCCUCCUGGCCGUGUGCGCCACUGUCAGCGACGACCGAACUCUCAGACUGUGGGAAACAUCGUCCACUCAUCGCAUGGUGGCUGUACGCAAACUGAAGAGAGGCAGUCGUUGCUGUGCCUUCUCCCCUGAUGGCAAGGUGUUGGCGGUGGGUCUGAGUGAUGGUGGCGUGUUGGUGGUGAACGCCGACACGUUGGAGGAUGUCCUCAGCUUCCAUCAUCGCCGAGACGCCAUCUCUGACAUCCGCUUCAGUCCAGACUCGGCUAAAUACCUGGCGGUGGCGUCACAUGACAGCUACGUGGACAUUUACAACAUGGCGAGCAGCAAGAGAGUGGGCGUGUGCAAGGGGGCGUCCACCUACGUCACGCACGUGGACUGGGACACGCGAGGUAAGCUGCUGCAGGUGAACACGGGCGCCAAGGAGCAGCUUUUCUUCGAAGCGCCACGAGGAAGACGUCAGCUCAUCAAACACUCGCAGCUGGAGCGACUCCACUGGGACACCUGGACCUGCGUGCUGGGAGACACCUGUGAGGGCAUCUGGCCCACCCACAGUGACAUCACCGACGUUAACGCCACCUCCCUCACACGCGACCGCACGCUGCUCGCCACCGGGGACGACUUUGGCUUCCUUAAAGUCUUCAGCUACCCUGUCACUGGUCAGUUUGCACGUUUCAAGCGUUACCUGGGUCACAGCGCGCAGGUGACCAACGUGCGCUGGGCUCACGACGACGCGGCCCUGCUGUCGGUGGGCGGAGCCGACACGGCGCUCAUGAUCUGGACCAGGGAGCGGGGGGGCGGAGUCAGCAGAGAGGGGGAGGGGCCCCAGGAGAACAGCGCGCUCGUCGACAGCGAAGAGUCGGACGACGACGUCGAGGAAGACGGCGGUCAGCGUCUGCUCGUUUGUGCUUGUGACGUGUGUGUUCUUUACACACGGGUGUGUGUGUGUGUGUGUGUGUGUUUGGGUGUGUGUGUGUGUGUGUGUGUGUGUGCAGGUUAUGACAGCGACGUCGCCCGUGAGAAGUGUGUGGACUACGUGGCCAAGAUGGCCACUGUCAGCCUCAGAGACAUGACAGGAAGUAAACCUCAACUGCAGAGCAAAGAUGUCACUGUUGAUGAGAGAGCACCUGUCAGUCGAGCUGCUCCACAGCCAGAGAAGUUGCAGAAGAACAACACCUCCAAGAAGAAGAGAGUGGUCGAGGACUUGGUUCUGGACCACAUCUUUGGUUUCCGAGGUUACGACUGCCGCAACAACCUGCACUACCUGAAUGACGGCGCUGACAUCAUCUACCACACGGCCGCCACCGCCAUCGUGCACAGCCUGAGCACGGGAAACCAGAGCUUCUACGUGGAACACACGGAGGACGUCUUGUGUCUGACAGUCAACCAACACCCCAAAUAUGACAACGUCAUCGCCACUGGACAGAUUGGCGGCACGCCGUGCAUCCACGUGUGGGACGCCAUGAGCAAGCGCACGCUGUCCGUCCUGCGCUGCGCUCACUCCAGGGGCGUGGCUUACGUCAACUUCAGCGCCACCGGCAAGCUGCUGCUGUCCGUGGGCGUGGACCCCGAACACACCGUCAGCGUGUGGCGCUGGCACGAAGGCUCCAGAGUGUGCGGCAGAGCGGGACAUCCCCACAGGAUCUUUGCGGCGGAGUUCCGGCCGGACUCGGACUGUCAGUUCGUGUCGGUGGGAAUCAAACACGUGAAGUUCUGGACGCUGGUGGGCGGAGCUCUGGUGUACAAGAAAGGCGUGGUGUCCACGCUGGAGGGCGGCCGCAUGCAGACCAUGCUGUCCCUCGCCUUCGGAGCCGUGGACCUGACCUUCACGGGCGCCGUCAACGGCGACGUGUACGUGUGGCGGGAGCACUUCCUGCUGAGGGCGGUGGCCAAGGCGCACACGGGGCCCGUCUUCUGCAUGUACACAACGCUGAGGGACGGCCUCAUCGUCACCGGCGGCAAGGAGAGGCCGACCAAGGAGGGCGGCGCCGUCAAGCUGUGGGACCAGGAGAUGAAGCGCUGCCGGGCGUUCCAGCUGGAGUCGUCUCGCCCCGUGGAGUGCGUGCGCUCCGUGUGCCGAGGCAGAGGCAAGAUCCUGGUGGGCACCAAGGACGGCGAGAUCAUCGAGGUGGGCGAGAAGAACGCGGCGUCCAACGUGCUGCUAGACAGCCACGCCCGGGGCGGCGUCUGGGGUCUGACGUGUCAUCCCGCCAAGGAGGUCUUGGUCACGGCCGGCGACGACGCCACCGUCAGGCUGUGGGACCUCGCUGACAAGAAGCUGCAAAAGAAGGUGUGUGUGGGCCAUGCAGCGGUGAGCGUGAGCUUCAGUUGGGAUGGAGAGAUGCUGGCCGUGGGGAUGAAGAACGGAGAGUUCCUCCUCCUCUUCUCCAACUCCCUCAAGGUGUGGGCAAAGAAGAGAGACCGUGGUGCCGCCAUUCAGGACAUCAGAUUCAGUCCAGACAGAAGAAUGUUGGCGGUGGGUUCUCUGGAGAACAGCGUGGAUGUCUAUGAGGUGUUAGGAGGAUCCACACUGAGCAGGAUGGUUUCCUGCUGUCACCUGCCCGCCUUUGUCCUGCACCUGGACUUCUCUUCUGACAGCACACACAUACAGGUGUGCACAGGUGCGUACAAACGUUUGGUGUUUGAACUUCCUUCUGGAAAACUGCUGACUGAGCAGAACGUCAUUGACAGAAUCACCUGGGCUUCCUGGACCAGCGUGCUGGGAGACGAAGUUUUGGGCAUCUGGCCGAGAAACGCCGAGCAGGCGGACGUGACGAGUGCGUGUGUGUCACAUGGCGGCUCCAACGUGGUGACUGGCGACGACCUGGGACUCAUCAAACUCUUCGACUUCCCGUGCACCGACAAGUUUGCCAAACACAAGCGUUACGUGGGACACUCGCCUCACGUCACCAACGUGCGUUUCUCCCAGGGCGACAGUCACGUGAUCAGCACAGGUGCUGACGACUGCAGUGUGUUUGUGUGGAAAUGUCUGCUGACCUUUUGACCCGGAGGACCCUAACGUCAAACACUUCAUCUUCAGCAGGAAGUGGUGGAAGAACGUCGCAAAUUUUUCCUUUCCUGCAUCUUUUAAAAACAUGUUUUUACCACAUCUUCAUGGAGACAUUUUGAGACAUGUUUUAAGUGCCUUUCUUGACAUUUCUACUUGUCAGUUUUGGUACUUUGUCUGCUUGGUGCUACUCUGACAAUGUUGCUUCCCCCCAAAAACACAACAUGUAUUGCUACACAACGUGUGUGUGUGUGUGUGUGUGUGUGUGUGUGUGUGUGUGUGUGUGUGUGUGUGUGUGUGUGUGUGUGUGUGUGUGUGUGUGUGUGUGUGUGUGUGUGUGUGUG